CCAACUCCACCCUUCCUCAGUUCCUUGUCAUUAUUCUUGUGCUCACGGUCGGUUAUAGACCCCAGAAUGCGUGCCCUGAAGAGAAUGUUCCAGACCAAAGCUGUCAUGCUGAGUGCCCUCUCCUUGGCUUACUUGCUGAGUCUUCAGGGAGCUGGGGCCAUCCAGGCGGACCAUAUGUCAAUUUAUUUAGUAUUUGCACAAUCUCAUAGACCUUCAGGGGAGUGUAUGUUCCAGUUUGAUGGGGAUGAGGUGUUUUAUGUGGACCUGGACAAGAAGGAGACAAUCUGGCAUAUGGAGGAGUUUGGCCACGCCUUUUCCUAUGAGGCUCAAGACGGGGUGCAGCGCGUUGCUGUAGCAAAGGCAAACCUGAAUACCCUGAUGCAGCGUUCCAACCACACCCAGGCCUCCAACGGUACUGCCCAUCUUUGCUUCUUCUCUUGUCCAGCUGGGAAGGGAUGGGAGGGCCCUUCCUCUCACACAGUAGGCCCAGGAGCUGGUCCUGUACCUGAGACGACGGAGACUGUGGUCUGUGCCCUGGGCCUGGUGCUGGGCCUGGUGGGCAUCAUCGUUAGCACCGUCUUCAUCAUAAGGGCAUUGCGUUUGAGUCGCGACCCUUGGGCCCAGGGGCCCCU